UUGAAAAUCCGGGGCCAAUACAUUCAAAUGCGAUAAUCAUCCUGUGGGAUCGGCACGGUCACCCAUUUGAGCAGACCGAUCGUGACUUCAGUCUACCCGCAGCAGCACAACUUCGACGCCGUCAGCUGCCCGGACUUGAUUUUUCCUUAAUUUCUUAGAGUUUAUUUAACCCUACAACCCUCUCAAAAUGUCCGACGAUGAGGAAUACUCUUCUGAAGAAGAGGAGGUCGUCGAGGAGACUCAUGAGCAGCCAGCUGCCAAGCCCGAGGGAGAGGCCGGAGAUCCUGAGUUCGUCAAGCGCCAGGAUCAAAAGCGCUCUGAGUUGGAUGAACAGCUGAAAGAGUACAUUAAUGAGUGGCGCAAGCAGAGAGCCAAGGAAGAGGACGAGUUGAAGAAAUUAAAGGAGAAACAAGCCAAGCGCAAGGUAACUCGCGCUGAGGAGGAGCAAAGGAUGGCUCAGCGCAAGAAGGAGGAAGAAGAGCGUCGUGUCCGUGAAAUUGAAGAGAAGAAACAACGUGAGAUUGAAGAGAAACGGCAGCGCCUGGAAGAGGCUGAGAAGAAACGCCAGGCUAUGGUGCAAGCCAUGAAGGACAAGGACAAGAAGGGACCCAACUUCACCAUCACCAAACGCGACACCAGCAGCAUAAACUUGUCCGCUCAGAUGGACCGCAACAAGACCAAAGAGCAGCUGGAAGAGGAGAAGAAGAUUUCUCUGUCCUUCCGCAUCAAACCCCUGGACUUGACGGGAUUGGGUGAGUCUAAGCUCCGUGCUAAGGCUCAGGAACUCUGGGAGACCAUUGUCAAGCUCGAAACUGAGAAAUAUGACUUGGAGGAGAGGCAAAAACGUCAGGACUACGAUUUGAAAGAAUUGAAGGAAAGACAGAAGCAGCAACUGCGACACAAAGCUCUCAAGAAGGGUCUUGACCCAGAAGCUCUAACAGGCAAAUACCCACCCAAAAUCCAAGUCGCCUCCAAAUAUGAACGACGCGUUGACACCCGCUCCUAUGACGAUAAGAAGAAGCUCUUUGAAGGCGGUUUCGAAACCCUCAACAAGGAGUUUCUUGAGAAAGUUUGGCAUGAAAAGAAAGAUGAAUUUGGUGGUCGUCAAAAGACCAAGCUGCCCAAGUGGUUCGGAGAGCGACCAGGAAAGAAACCCGGAGACGCUGAAACCCCUGAAGGUGAGGAAGAGGGCAAAGCUGACGAGAUCGAAGAGGAUGAGAUUGAGGAGGUGGCCGUAGAGGAAGUUGAGGAGGAGGUUGUUGAGGAAGAGGAGGAAGAAGAAGAGGAGGAAGAAGAGGAGGAGGAAGAGGAGGAGGAGGAAGAAGAGGAAGAAUAAAAAUUCUAUCCAAAAAAAACAAAACAAAAUACACCGUUCCCCUCCCCAAAAAACUCUUUUUUCUCUUUGUUUCUAAACAAGAAAAAAAAUGUCACCAAAAUAAAUAAUAUACUGCUCAAAUACUUCCUUGUAUAAUUUUUGUUUUCGUAAAAAUAAGUAUAAAUUUCUUUUAAUUUUCAAACUUUUUUUUUAUUCUCUGUCACAUGUGCAUCUGUGAGCCAAUUCAAUUAUUUGAAGAACUAAUAUCUUUGUGCAAAGAGAAAGAGAGAAAAAAUUACUUAUAAAUAAAAAUUUUCAUUAUU